AUGGGAUGGUAUUCGCAAUCAGGGCCGGAACCUUUACUGGUUCUGGCGGGUCCAAGGAUAAGGUUACUGGGCCCUGUUUUGGCGGUAGAAGCCGUGACGCCGGACGAUGCAGGCCAAUACCGCUGCACUGCCGUCAACGCGGGCGGAGAAGCCAGUGCCGAACUCAGACUGUCAGUUACUACUCCACUCAAUGUUGAAGUAUCGCCGGCGAUGUUGAGCGUUCACAUGGGCGGCGCCGCCGAAUUUAGGUGCAUCGUUACCUCGCAGGGCAAUCAGGUCGGGCCGCAGUUCAUCACGUGGUACAAGGAUGGCAGACAACUACCAGGGUCUGGUCACACUGGUCAGACCUUGCUGGUGCCUUCUGUUGGUCGCGAAGACAGAGGCAUGUACCAGUGUGUCGUUCGAAGGCAAGACGGCGAUACUGCUCAAGCUUCUGCAGAAUUACAACUUGGAGAUGCUCCACCAGUUUUAUUAUACAGUUUCAUAGAACAAACUUUACAACCAGGACCGGCAGUAUCAUUAAAAUGCACCGCCACUGGAAAUCCAACUCCGCAAAUUACUUGGGCCUUGGAUGGAUUUCCUCUUCCUUCUAAUGGCAGUUGGGGCUUCAUGAUGCCAGAUCCUGCGAGUGGAUAUUUGAAAAAGGCUGUCGAAUGGUCAAAUUAUCAUGUUUGA